AGUAAUCGAUGUUAAUAAUUCACAAACAUAAAGUACGGUUCAACGGAAUUCAAAGAAUGUAGGUCAGUGUAAAUACGUACGGUCUGUAAGUACGCUAAGUAGAUUUGCCUGCGAUGGUCAUUAACAAUAACAUUGUCAAGUUCAAGGUAGUGAAUGAUAUUCGAUUACCUUUGUGCAGAGAUAAUGGUAAAUUCCAUUGCGUUCAUAACAAAUAAUUUUGUGACUAAAGUAUCGGCAAAUAUGUUUACUUAUAAAUCGAAAUCUGUUUAAUUGGUGCCUCGACAUAAGCUUGUAUAUAACAGUGAUUUGCGAAUAAAUAUUUUGGUUGUUGCACAGAAGAUGGUAUCUAAGAAGCAGAAAAAUGAUCCACCACCAAGUGAAUCAUCCGGUACAAAACGUACAUCACCAAUGCACAAUAAAUCACACACAUCGCUAUUCGAUCUUCGCACCACCCACGGUCAAGUGUUGUUUCUGUUCAUUACCAUAGCCAUAUCAUCUCUCAUUCAAUUGCUUCCCAGUGAAUUAAUAAAGAAUUCGUUAACGGUAUUCAAUACCAAAUCGAUCAACAAUUGUGCCAAUCAAACCGAAGACAAAAUAAAACUGAAAUCGAAGCCCAUUUAUUGGACAUUCGGUAAAAGUUCCAGCAGUGAUCAUCUGAGACAUGUUCAUUUGGUUCUAGAUCGUUUGGGAUUUGAGCUCGGUUCGAAUGAAACGGACUGGGAUUUAUUAUGGGCACACGAUUAUCCAUUUAGAAUUCUCUAUCCGAAGCUGCAUCAAUUGAAAGCCCAUCAAAGAGUCAAUCAUUUUCCCGGUUGUGGUUUCAUCACCAAUAAAGUUGACUUAGCCACAUCGCGAUUGAAAUAUAUUCCGCGUGCCUUUAAAUUGCCGAAAGACAAAGAUGAUUUUUUCGAUUUUUCCAACGAACAUCCGCAAAAAUUGUUCGUUCAGAAGAACAAUCAACAUCGACAUAUCUACAUAAGAAGCGUCAAUGAAAUUGACUUUGACAACAAUGAUACGUUCAUUCAAGAAUACAUCGCUAAUCCAUUGCUUGUCGAUGGCCAUAAAUUCGAUAUUGGUGUGUAUGUGAUUAUCACCAGCGUAGAUCCACUGCGUGUGUACAUAUACAAAGGGGACGUCUUGUUUCGUUACUGUCCAGCCAAGUACUAUCCAUUCGAUGCGAAAAUCCUCGACAAAUAUAUCGUUGGCGACGAUUACUUACCGACAUGGGACGUCCCAUCUCUGGCACAAUACUAUACAGGCCUUGGCUUUGGUAUGAAAGAUUCGUUCGAUGCAUAUAUGAGCAGCAAGGGUCGAGACACCGAAAACAUUUGGAUACAAGUGGAAGAUGCUAUACGGACGGCAAUACUGGCUAAGGAAAAAUACAUCGCAGAUAUACUCAAACAAUUCAAAUCGAAAAACAAUUUCUUCGAAAUGAUGCGAUUCGAUUUGGUGAUUGAUGAUACGUUGAAAGUGCAUCUGCUGGAAGCAAAUAUGAGCCCGAAUCUUUCGUCAGCCCAUUUUCUGCAAAAUACUCUGUUGUACGAACAGGUGAUCUACAAUUUAUUGAAUUUGGUUGGAGUCGGAUCAACAUUGCAUCGAGAAUCUAUGCGGAAACGAUCAUCUGCCACUGAAUCAAUGAUCACUUCACUGAAAAAUGUAGUAGUCGAACCAGAAAUAUGCUCGACGAUACCGUGUUCGGAAUCGUGUGCACCAAUCGAAUGCGAAUUAUGUCGACCAUGUCUGUCGCCUGAUGACAUCCAAGAUCUGUAUGCGGCACAUCGAGAGCAUUUGAGCAGAGGCGAUACGAAACGAAUAUUUCCGGAACCGAUUAUCGAUAAAACAUUGGAUUUGAAGAAUCUUAAAUUGUUGUCACCGAAGAAUCAGAAGAUGACGAAAUGGUUUUAUGGUAAGUGUGUUCAAGAAUCAUCAUGGUGUUCAUAGUGUUUUGUUAAGUUUAUUUUUUCGUAUUUAAAUUUUAUUUGUAAAAUAGUUUUUCGUUUUAAUUCUAUAUAAAAUGUUAUUGUUGCGGAAAUGUAGUCUAACUCUGUAGAAACAUUUUUUUUUAAAUAAAAAGACCGACAAAAAUA